AUGCGGUUUCCACGAUGGUUGGCGAGGGCUGGCCUCUUCGCUCUCAGUCUGGCCCCGCCCGUUGCCGCCGAGAAGUUGCUACAAUCUCACGCCCUCAUUCCAUGUUCCAAUGAUGGAAUUAUUUCGAUCAACCAUUUCGAUAUUGUCUUUACGCCGGGGAAUAUGAGUGCGACGGUGAGCUUUGAUGGGCAGGCGACUUAUGCCGGCAAGAUUCGUAUCGAACUCGAACUCUACGUCUACGGUUACAAAGCUACCACCAAAACGUUUGACCCCUGCGUCUUGAAUGUCGAUGCGCUUUGCCCGCUGCAAAAAGAUACGGCCUUGAAAAUUGCAAAUGUUCCACUGGAUCUCUCGGGCGCCGAUUUGUCUAUUAUCCCGGGCAUUGCAUAUGGCGUCCCCGAUCUAGAUGCGCUGGUUCGUCUGGAAAUCCUAGACGCCGAUACCAACAGCAAAGUUACCUGUGUUCAGGCCAGUGUCAACAAUGGCGUGACAGUCGACCAAAUGGGCGUGGCCUGGGCCAUGGCCGUGCUGAUCGGACUAGGACUUCUCGCAACGGUGGUCAUGUCUAUCCUUGGUCACGCCAAUAUCGCAACCCACGUCGCUUUCCGCACGUUGCUCUUCCUGGGCUUUAUGCAGAGUAUGGCCAUGUGGGGUAUGACGGCCGUCAAUCAGCGCCCGCUGGUGCAAUCAUGGACGCAACUCUGGCAGUGGACGAUGGGUUUAGUGGGCGCUCCUUUCUUGCAGACUAUUUGCACUUGGUUCCAGCGUGCGACGGGUGGUACGCCGUCCAAGAUUCUUACGCAAACCGAUGAGUAUUCGGUGAUCAUGCAGAAGCGCUCGUAUAUCCCCGGAUCGCUGGUCGCCCGUACCACGGAUAUGACGGAGAACGGUGGAGAAAUCGAGGUGCAAGGGAUCGAGCGCGUGGGUUUCCGAAUCAACAUCGAGCCGACAAACAUCUUCAUGACGAGUUAUUUGUUCUUCUACUUUGUGACAGUGGCCUUGCUCUUGGUGAUCUUGUUCCUCAAGCUGGUUUUACCGAGACUGGCUAGGAAAUCGAAAAGCGCAAAUCUGGAGCGCACGAUGGUCGCUUCGUCUGAUUGGAAGGACUUUAUGCGCGGCAGUCUGUAUCGACUGGUUUCGAUUGGAUAUCCGCAGAUAUGCGCGCUCGGUCUAUGGGAAUUGAUUCACCGAGACUCGGCCGCUGAAAUCGUCCUGGCCAUCUGCAUGUGGCUCACCAUGACCGCUGUCCUCUGCUGGGCAAUUUUCAAGGUCUUCCAGCGCGCCCGACUAUCACGAACCCUCCGCCAAAAUCCCGCCUACACUCUCUACUCGGACCCCGUCUGCCUCACCCGCUGGGGCUUCUUAUACGUCAACUACAGAGCACAGGCCUACUACUUCAUGAUCCCGCUCUUCCUCUACACGCUUGCCAAGGGCCUCGUCAUCGCUUUCGGUCAAUCCAAUCCCCUCGCCCAAGCCAUCGUCCUCCUCAUCGCCGAAACAGCCUUCCUAGUCGCCACCUGCGUGAUCAGACCGUACAUGAACAAAACGGCCAACGUCUUCGCCAUCAUCGCCGCCGUCCUCAACUUCCUCAGCUCAAUUUUCUUCCUCUUCUUCACAAACGUCUUCAACACCCCCGAACUCGUCGGCGGCGUCAUGGAAGUCCUCUUCUUUUUCCUAAAUGCGGUCUUCAUGCUCGCCCUCCUCAUCUUUUUCCUAAUCAGCUUCUACUACGUCUUCACCCUAAAAGAACCUGCUGAACAAUACACCCGUCUCGCCGAUAACCGUUCUUCUACCGUUCUUGUCGAAAACCGCCGUAUCACUGAGCUCCAGCCGCUGGAGAAGAACCUCGAGAUCGAGGAUGGCCAUAUGGCUUCCCGCGGGAAUGUCUGGGAACCGGUUUCUACUCGGUCACCUUCUGAAGAGGAUAUCACCGAGGCACCGCAGCCGCAAUUCGGGCAUGUCAUUCAGCCGACGUUACCUUCCAUCCCGACUAGUGAUUCUGACAGCUCGCGGUCACGGCGGUACGAUGUACCACGGCAGGAAGAGCGGUUGGUUUGA